AUGGAAUAUCAGUUACGUCAUCUAACAGAUACUUUAAAAACAUAUGAUGAAGAACAAAAAUGUACUGAUUAUAUUUCAACUAUACCUCUGCACUCUCAGCCAUCGUCUGUUUAUUUUAUUUUAUCUGACAAAUUUUGCGACAAAAUCUGUCCUAUUAUUCAACAGCAGCAACAAAUCAAACCAUCAAUCUAUAUAUUUUCUCCUCGAAAUAUACCACUUACAUCUAUGCGUGAAGGAUCGGAAAAUAAACGUUAUCAAUACUUUCUUAGUCACAUCCGCCUUAUCCAGAGUCUAUCAAAAGAUCUUGAUACUGAAGAAAAAAUAUCAAUGAGUAUUUAUAUACAAGACAUGAAAAACGUUUCACUAAAAUAUUUAGAUAAAGAAAGUCAAACAUUUCUUCUGUAUCAAAAGUUAACUAUUACUUUUCUAGAACAUCAACGUAGCACAACAGCAACAGAUGAUUUUAUGAAUAUAUUUAAGCAAUAUAUGGAAAGAUACAUAGUCAAUCUCGAAGAUCCUCAUAUAUUUAAAGAUAUAAUACUAUGGUAUAAAUCUGAUACAUUUAUUUCUCAAUUAUUAAAUGAAGCAUUAAGAACAAAAAAUAUUAAUCUUUUAUAUAAACUUCGAUCCUUUAUUAUUAAUCUUAUGAUUAAAUUAUCUAAUCAACAUUCUAAUAUAUUAUUAGAUGAUAAUAAUUAA